AUGGCAGGUUGGUUGACUCCGACCUUCUGGCACCAUGGAUGCCGCAUGAUGAACCGUCAUGGUUCACCGCUAGAGACCAACUGCCGACGAUACAAGGCUAUGUUUGGGGUGACCCCCCUAUGUGCUAGCCUUGUAUGGACUAUGGUUGAAGACCGACGCCCAGUGUCCUCGCGUCCAAUCCACCUGCUCUGGGCUCUGCUCUUUCUCAAAAUUCAGUGGGAUCGCCGUUUGGAGUUGAAUCGUCCAAGUGACAGGGCACUUGUGCCUCUCGAUGGAUCAGAUUUCCGCAUCCAAGAACAGAUACCAUUUGAUCGCACAUGGUACUCCCACAAGUUCCAUGGUCCAGGCCUCCGUUACGAAGUCGGCAUUUGCAUUCGGACGGGCAACAUUGUUUGGGUAAACGGAGGGCUCCCAUGUGGGGAGUGGCCAGACUUACGGUUGGCACGCGAUUCCUACAUCAGCAUGGUCCGCCGUGGUGAAUUGACGCUUGGAGACAAAGGGUACAAUGACCCCAAUUACUUUAUCUACCCAUGCCCCCAACUGCAAAACCCGAGGCGCCACAAAGAUAUCAUGGCUCGCCACGAGAUCGUGAAUAAACGCAUGAAGCAGUUCAGCGUCUUGUCACGCGUAUUUCGGUACAGUAUUGAUCUCCAUCCUAAAUGUUUUCAUGCUGUCGCCAACUUAACUCAAUUGUCGAUGGAAAACGGCGAACCGCUAUACCAAGUGUAA